UAACAGAAAAAUAUCAAAUGUCGAAGUCGAAGAUGCCGAUGGUGUCCUGUACGGCGGAUCCAAAAACUUUCGAUUUGUUUUAAGAAUACGUUUGAUGCGAAUGGCCAAGUACGAUGUGGGCAUCAUUUAUUCGAAAUUCAGAAACGCCAGCAAGCCCAACCGGCAGUUAUAAUCGAUCGUUGGUGGGUGAGAGAAGCACUUGCAAAGCUCCAGCUUGUAGUACCCAAAAUAAGUGGUGUUCAGAAAAAGAUGAAUAUCUACCGCUGGACGAAGACGAGUCUCCGAUUCUUUUAUCACAGGAAACUGUAAAUUCAGUAACAGGUGUUACAUGGGCCUGGAACAGCCCAAAACGUGCAACUACGAUCGGUAAUCAAAAACGUCCAAGAAAUUUACUGUUUAACAAUGUUGUGAGAAAAUCAGGCAGUUCUGAAACACAACGUAAAAAAACGCUUACUGGUUUCUACAAAUUUCAAUCAGAACUGAAACUACUACAAGAGUCUAAUAAAUCGCCGGUUAAUGGAUUGAAUUCGGAGGUAAAAGAAGGAUGCGUAUCUGUGCCAACUUUUUCGCCAAAGGUAACUAUUGGAAGCGUAAACAAUGAUAUCUGUUCCAGUCAUACUAAUGUGCCACAGAAAUGUUGGGAGUCUGAUUCAUUUAACAAUUCCGAACUUGAUCGCUUGCUCCUAGAGGCUACUCAGCAAACAGACAACCAAUUCAGUACAAGGGUAUGUGCCCCAGUAUUUUCUUCUAACGAAGUCAACAAAGAAAAUAGCUUUGUUAAAAGUCGCACCAAAGAAAAUUUUGAUUCAAAUUGUGAUUUGCUGAACGAUUCCGAGUUCGAUGCAUUCCUCAUUCAAGCGUCCCAGGAGGUUGAAUCUUGUGUCUCUCGUGGAAUAAAAAUAGGCGAUGAAAUAGCGACCACCUCUAAAAGAGGUACAACAAUAUCACGGCACAAGUCCAUGCAAGAAUCUUCAAGUUCAAAACCAGAUAUUUGCAGCCGAAGAGUUGAAGAACACUUCAAUAACAUCCAGGAGCCUUCUAUGUCAAGCGAUAUUAAAGCUGGAGCUACGCAGAAACCGAUUCGAAGAUGUACCAAGGAGGAAAUUGAACAAAAACGUCAGGAGGCGCUAAAAAGGUUGCAGGAAAGACGUAUGAAGCUGCUUUCGAGAGAGAGGAAAUCGUAGAGCGAUUAGAAAGUUAAUUUUUUUUCUACUUUUUUAUCUGAAAGUUAAUCUAUGAAUGUUAAACCUUUGCAAAUUUUAAUAACCAUGAGCUAAAAAGAAGACAAACUCUGAAAUGAUUCAAAUACUAUUGACAUAUAAGUAAAAAAUCAAUGUUAUUAAAAGUAAAUAAAUUGAUUUGUGAGGAUUA